AUGGAGAUAAAUGUGAUGAGUAGUACCAGAUAUUCGUGUAUAUGCGUUAUGUUUCUUGGAUUAAUUGUUGCAAGUGAGGGAUGUUUGUCCACUGGAAUUUGCGGCGGUGGCUUCGGAUGCGCACCACCGAUGGCUCCACCGGUAUGUAUGGGUGGUUGUGGUGCAGGCUAUGGAUGUGGACGAUUCGGAUGCUAUGCAAGAGCACGAGCGAGAUCAGCAAAAACCUUCAACGGUGAUAAAGACGACGUUCAGGAGACUAUUGAUCAAAAGAAGUGGGUUGGCGCUUUUCAGAUGGACCAGAAGCAGUUGCUAACUCCCGAUGAGAAAUUCCAUUCGUGCUGUGUUGAUCGUCAGCUACCAGAUGCGAUGUAUUUCGGCAUGGAUGCAUGUCCGAUUCAAGCAGCCACGGAUUUGCACUUUUGUGCAGCACAAGGCCGUGAUCACCGGCAGUGUUGCCAAGAAAAUAGCGUCACAAGUACAUUAGCUGGCGAAAAAUGUCUAGUAUUUUGUGAUCAGCGCCCUGGAAAUAUCACGAAAUUAGAUAUGACAUACUUGGCGUGCUAUGAGAGAUUCGAGAAUAUAAAAGGAUGUUUCUGGCAUGAUCUCAAAGAAAAACACGCCUCAGAACCGCCAGUUCGAUUCGACAGCUUCUGA